AUGUCAGGCAAGGUCAUAGCCUGUAUAGGCCUGUAAACUCUGGCUCAGAGAGGGAGAGACAGAGAAAGGACUUUUUUAUAUUUGGGUCUUUAUUAACAUAGCGGCAUAUAGCCUAAAAGGGUGUCUUCUUUUUAGCCUCUGGUUAUAAAGGCAGCAAUUGAGCUGUGAUGGAUUCUUUCUGUUACAUCCUUGGUACUCAGGAGGAAUUCAUGGCUAUGACAGCUAUGCUGUACCAUUGGCUUUUCUUGGGCUUUGAAUCUUUCCCUCGGUACUGGGAGUUAUUUUAUCAGCUGAGGUUGUUGCGCUUCUCAUCAAGAUGGUCUGCCUUGUUGUUUCAGACUUUCAGCUCUCAGUUGCAAUCUGCAUGCUUUUCUCAUUUCGCCAGAUUCUGCAUGAAAAGUAGAGCGUUGGCUAUAUCCUUGAUGGGUUUCUUCUGAUUUUUUUUUUCUGCCUUUUGCAUGCUUGAAGAUCGAGGUACAGUGGUUUGAUGGUUAAACAGGGAAGGACGGAGUAAGGUUGGGGUCGUGGGGCCGAAUUGCCAAUGGCAUCAGCUUCUGGUGCCAGUAAGAGUCCAUUGCCCAUAAAAGAAGCAUCCUCUAAUUAUCAUACUUACCCUCCACCUCUUGCAAAAUAUGAAGAUGUUGUAGACAGUCCUAAUCUGUUCAUGGCUACUUUGGAGAAGCUCCACACUUCUUUGGAGACUAAGUUCAUGAUUCCCAUCAUUGGAGGUAAAGAGCUAGACUUGCAUCGACUUUUUGUGGAGGUAACUUCUCGUGGGGGCAUUGAAAAGAUUCUUAGGGAGAGAAGAUGGAAAGAAGUGACUGCUAUUUUCAACUUCCCUUCCACAGCUACAAAUGCUUCUUUUGUACUGCGGAAGUACUAUGUAUCAUUGCUUCACCACUAUGAACAAAUAUACUAUUUUAAGGCCCGGAUCCCCGUGUCUUCUGAUUCUUUGAUGAGCCCAUCCACAACUCCAGUGCCCGCUCAAAGAACAGAAUCUUUGCAGCCUACACUAGAAACCCAAGCAGCUGUGCUCAAGCAACAAAGGAUGAAGACUGCAGAAUUGCCUAGAGUACGGUCACCAUCAUAUUCAGGGUCUCCUGUUAAUGUAGUAGGGGUCAUUGAUGGGAAAUUCGAAAGUGGAUACCUUGUUACUGUCACAAUAGGUUCAGAGGAGCUAAAAGGUGUACUUUAUCUGACUCCACAGGAUGCAGUACAGCAAGUGCCACAGAACUAUAGUGUCUUUGCCAGCAAAAAUGUCAAUGCCUCUUAUGUACCUGGUAUCCAUCGUCGCCGCCGCAGGAAGAAAUCUGAGAUGAAAAAGAGGGAUCCAGCUCAUCCAAAACCUAACAGAAGUGGAUAUAAUUUCUUCUUUGCUGAGCAGCAUGCACGACUGAAACCCCUGCAUCCAGGGAAGGACAGAGAGAUCAGUAGAAUGAUUGGUGAGCUGUGGAACAAGUUGAAAGAGCCUGAAAGAGCAGUUUAUCAGGAGAAAGCUCUUAAAGAUAAAGAAAGGUACAAAAUAGAGAUGGAGGAUUACAGGGAGAGAUUAAGGACUGGUCAAGUCAUCAGUGAUGCAGUGCCACUACAACAGCGGCUUCCUGAACAAGGUGCAAAUUUGGUGGAUGCAGUUGCAAACAUUGAAGAAAAUGAGGGAGGGGACUCUCCUCAGACACCUGACAAUGAGAGUUCUGGUAAAAGUGAUUUCGAAGAUGAUAAGACUGCAGAGAAGGAUUCAGAUAUGGAUGCAUCUCCAGAAGACAGAAAAAGAAAAAAAAUCGAGGAUGAUAAGACUGCAGAGAAGGAUUCAGAUAUGGAUGCAUCCCAGAAAGGAAAAAAAGGAAAAACAAGUUCCAUAAACCAAUUGUAGGUGCUGAGUCCAGCAAUGUGUUGCACAUGGAAGAUGAUGUUGGAGAUGACAAGGUUGAGAAAAUUGCGGAAGAUAUCUUAGGCGACACCAUAGCCGGGGCAAUGAAAGAACUAGUAUCUACUGAGGAGCAUUAAAAUCUUUCCACGCGAAUUAGGGGUGACUUUAGGUAUGAAGAAAUCAUUUUUCUACACAACGUAGGGUUGAAUCUAUCCAUUCUAGCAUUUUCUUAUGCAUAGUUGCAUUUAGAUACGGUUUACUAAUUCUUACUCGUGCCUCUUUCCCUACCAAUUUUCUAAUUCGGCGUGCUGUUGCAAAUUGUAUUACUUGUUUCACUGGGAUAGAGAUAGUCAGAUAGAGGGGUCUUGGCCAACAUGAAAAUUUUGAUGCAUUUCUUGAGUUAAUGUUUUGGGUUGUGUUGAUAUGUUCCCAAACUAGAUUAUGGUUACUGUGUUGAUCGUUAGUAACUCGAAAGGGCCCUGGAAUUAGGUGAGACAUAUCUGCAAUGUUGCCUGGAUUGAGAGGCUGAGUCUACAAAUUAGCAGGGCAGUCUUUUUCCUAAUUGAACUAGAUUCAACUGUCGACAUAUACCACUGCAUUUUGGUACUUAUUUUUAUGGAGUGGAUGGUUGACUUUACAUUGA